UCUGCAGUUAUCCGGCAGUUGUUAAUGUACACGCAGACUGGGAGGGGUGGCCUUGUGUGCAAAUGAGGUCUGAAGUCUUCCUGCCUGUUCGCUCAGGCUUGCUUUGUAGCUCGGAGCAGCCUGGCAUACAAAAUAUAUCCUGUAACUGUUAAGCAAUGGUAGAAAGUUUGCUAUAAAACAAAAUUGAUGGUGUUAAGACUUUUUGAGCACAGGAACAUUUGAAUUGGCAUCUGAGAAGCACGAAUAUGGCUGAGCAAAAUGCACAACCCCAAGGCUCCAGUACGCUUAAUCAAGUGCAGGAGCAGGUGAAUGAUGUCAAAGUUAUCCUCAAAGACAACAUAAACAAAGUGUUGGAGAGGGGAGAGAGGCUAGAUGACCUAAUCGAGAAAACAGAUGAUCUGCAAGUCACUGCCGACUCAUUUCAAAAGACAUCUGCACGGGUUUCCAGAAAGUAUUGGUGGAAAAACACCAAAAUGAUGAUUAUAAUUGGAGUGGUUGUGUUCAUCAUUGUUUUGCUCAUCAUUCUUUUGGCAACUGGAGUCAUUCCCUCAUAACAUAGUCACUUCUUUCCUGUUUUCAUAUUAAAUGUAAUUAAGUGGAAAUUAGAUUGUCACCUAUAUUUAUGCUGUUUUUGUCUGGGAGAUAACAUUCAAUGAAAUGUCAUGUAAAUAUAAUGCAAAAAAAUUAAUAUGUAAAAAUUUGUAUUAUCAGAUACAUACACUGAACCACUGAGGUUGCAAGGGUUUAUUAGCUUGAGAUUAUCAAUCAACAUUUCAUUCUUAGCGUUUACAAGACUGAAUAACACUACUUUAAUUCCAGCCGCCUCUAGACCUUUGAAACCGUAUACUGGUUGAAGUUUAUAGGACAAAUGAGUAAAUAGGUGCAUUUCUGUGAAGGGUAAAGGUGGAGAAGGAAGUAUGUUUAUGACUGUAUUUAGUAUUUUGGACUCCAUGUAUCCUAUUUAUGGUCCAACCUUUGUUUUGGUUGUUCACUGUAGUGGUAUUGGUAUGUAUUUCAUAGUAUUCCAUUAAUUAUGAAGGUUUUCCUUUCUGUAUCUUAGACUGAAUAUCCUAGACAAAAUGAAAUGUACAACUGUCCUUAUUCUCUCACAUGAUAUGCUAAUGAGCAUGUAAAUACUGAACACUGUACAGAACAGACUGCUCAUAAUAAAGAGACUCUGUUUCAUGCAUUGAA